CUUGAUACGGUCCCGUAGUCUCUGACGUCGUGUCACAUGGCUAUGCAAAAUGGCGACUGACAGAACACUUCCGUUGUUUCUUGCUGUAAUAUUUGGACUGAUUAUAGCAGGAGUUUUCUCCCAGGAAUUAGUUGUGACACAUGCUCCAAAGUAUGUACACUUCCAAGAACAGUCAGAAAAACUACAGGCCAGUGAUGUACCUAAAGUGAUCUCUCACACCCUCGGACUUCCAGCAGAGGAGGUGUCAUGGACUGGCAUUAAACAUGGAUCAUUGUUUAAGCGACCCAAAGCCAAUGUUCUUAUCUCCGUGACAGGAUACGAGGGCAUCAAACAGAAUCCUCUCAAACUAAAGAAUGUGGCCACGUAUCCAGUCAAAAGUGAUGUGCCAAGUUUGGAUAUUGUUGGACUUAUGAACAACCUACAGAACGCUUUCUUUGACAAGAACCCUCUUCUCUUGGAUGCUGGAGUGGAUAACAAUUUUUUUGAUGUGCACACAGACUUUGAUGUAUUCCGUAAGAUCCCCGACACGAUGCGCCAUAUGGCUGACAGGCUAAUGGACUCCGACUCUAUCCUCCAGUCUCUCACCACGGGAACACUCAACUCAUCCUCUCCGACCCACCUCAAACUCAUGGGCGAACUCCAGAUGAUCCAAGACGUCUUCAGCACUGUGUCUGAUAAACCAGAGCUACUUUCUUCCAAAUCACCAGACCUUCUGUCUUUCAACAUUGGUGGUCUACAAGAUGUCGCUGAAAAACAUGGUGCUGAGUCGUCUGAGGCAGCCGAUGCUUCAAACCUAGUCACAGACUUUAUUCACAAGAUCACAGAGGACUUCCGUAACCUCUACAAGGACAAUGUUGUAGUGGAAGUGUUGACCUUGACCCCACAAGGAGGCUACGUAAGGAAGGCCAGAAGUCUCAAGGCCACAGCUGAGGCGACAGGUGCUAGCUCGGAAUUGAAUUUAUCCAAGGACUACGAUCAAGACUACCCUAGCGUAUUCAACAUCAUUCUGUGGUUUAUGAUCAUCAUGGCCAUUGUGUUGUUUGCUGUCUGCUACGGCAUGUGGAAUAUGGACCCUGGCCGAGACAGCAUCAUUUACAGGAUGACCACCACACGUCUAAAGAAGGAUUAAAUCUUGUCGAGACCUCCAUGUUUGAUCGUCAUAGCUAUUUGUGUUUGUGGGUAAAGAGCCACAAUAUGUAAGGUGGUGUUUAAAGAGUUGAAGAUAUUUAAUAUCAAUAUUAAGAUUAAUAUGGAUUAAUCCACUUUUUGACAAUUAACUGGAGAAGGUAAAACUGUGAAAUUCGAUGAAAAAUUGGAAUUGAAGCCAGAAAAUCUCCACCUUUAAUCAUAUAGAUUUUGCCAAAAAAAUCACCACUGCUUCAGAAACUAAUUUUAUAAAAUACAUUUAACCGAACAACAGUCUGAAUGUAAGAUGGAAGAAAGUGAAUUAGAUUUAAACUGUAGAUCAAACGAUCAUACUGAUAUUCCUUUGUAAAAUGGUGGAUAUUUUUGCUUCAAACGUAGAGUGAAUCUUGUAUCUGUUUUCAUAUAUGUUUACAUGUAUUUAGAUAAUGGUGUAUCUAGUCGAGUCUUAACUGGACGUAACAAAGUACUAUAGUUUGAUUCAAAAAACGUUGCUAUUUAUUAACUAAUAUGAAGAUGAUUUCAAUAUAUAAAUUCAUUGUUAUAAGUUGUAUCUAAUUCUAGGUAAGUGGUUGCGUCGAUCGUAGCUGUUUCUUUGAUUGUGAUGUGUAUACAGUGUGUGGAGUGAAUGAAUGGUUAUAUAAAUAUUUACAUUGAUUUGUUUAUCAUUCCUGCUGUUUCAGUCCCUAUCCCUUGUAUAGCGUACUUUAUAUAAAAUCCACCUGGUGUAGACGGAAGAUGUUGUCAUGUAACAUUGAAUUUUUAUAAUAAUACAAUCCUUAGAAUUCCAUUAUCAUUUUUCGGAGAAUUUAGUUUGAAAAUGUCAGUGAUAAUUAAGAAAACAGUUUUGACUGGUAAUUAAAUAAUAAUUAAACCCCCCAAAAUUACAUUCUUUGGAGAAAUUUAUAUCACAAAAUCAGUGAAAAUUAUGAAAACAGAUGUGGUUGACUUACAAAAUUCAUUGUUUCAAGUACACAUCUUCUGACUGCGCUGACUUUGUGAAGCUGACGAUGUGAUAGAGUGCUAGUACAGGAGAGUCCAUCUCGCUGUGUAUGUGUGUGUACAUGUGUGUAUAUGUAAAUGAUUAUAUAUUAAUUAGCAGUCAUUAUCGUACUAAUGGACCAUUCAUUGUAUGUCAUAGUAUUUUGUAAGUCAUUACACAAAGUUAUGAAUAAUUGUAUGAAAACAUGUUACUUGCCCCUUGAUAGCUUGAUGUAUGUAAACUUUAAAUUGUUGUAGAUUACAGCAACUUAGAAUUAAACCCCCAUUGCUGUUCCUUUCUAUUUGAGUUAAAAUCACUUGAAACACGAUGGCAAAGACUUCUGUCUCUGCAGCAUAUUAUUUAAAAAACGGGACAUGCACUUUUGGUAUCAGUUAAUAAACUUACAAAAUUUUACACAUGUGGAAAGCUUAGAACCUCAAAUCCUUGUAGACUAAAAUUUUGAAUCAAAGUACAGUGUACACAAAAGUUGUUUUUACCAUAAUUUAAAAAGUAUUAUGUAAUACGAAAGUUGAUUUUUGUAAUGCUUACCUCCAGAAAUAUUAAUAAUUUGUAGCAACACACCUGUACCUAUAAACCAGAAAUUGUAUCGAAGAUAAAUAUUCUGUGCACAGGGUAAUUUUUGUAAGUACAUGUAGUAGUGUUGUUUUCAUGGCAGAUAUAUUUUCACAAUAAAUGAUAAAUGUGCAAGUUCAGCUAGACUGUGGACUUCUCUAGCAAGUUAACAUUACAUUCACAGCAGUUUCCUAAUAACUGCAAUUUCAGCGUUGUACAAAUUUUACUUAGUCUUUUGACACGAUUGGUAACGCAAGUGUGAGAUGUCAAAAGAGUGUACAUACUGCAUUGUGCUGGGGAUCUAUACCCGAUAUCUGUGGUCGACAUUCCUCCCUUAUGUAAUCUGCAUUUAGAUGUGCAUACCAUUCCUCUAGUCUAUCAAAUGGACUAUUAACACAUUUCUGUGAUAUAUUUUACGACUGCAUGCAUUGUAUAAGGCUUCCAUUCUCUGAUGGUUUCAAACUUUGAGUUAGAGGUUGUCAAAUUACAUACAAAAAAGAUCCAUUUUGAGCGAAUUUCCUGAACGUUUCAUACAUCUUAAUUUUUCAUCAUAGAUCAAUACAUGUACAUUCAUAUCUAUCCACUGUAUUGAGUUUUUCUUCUAAAAUGUAACAAAGCGGAAAGUUGAGCUGGUAGUCCAGAAAAUUACAUGUACACUGUAGGCAGGCUUGUAUGGAGAGUAAAGUUGUUUCAGAUUGAGGGUAUGUAGUGGAGAGUAUUAAGGAAAUUAUAUGACAGUUUAUAGUAUUGAUCUCUAUUGUAAUACAUGUAUGUGUAUCAAUUAUAUAAGCUGCCAUCAUGGUCGUCUGAAAAGGCAUGCUUCCCGAACACUGAUAGUGAUCAGGACGGAGUUGAAAGAAGUUCAUUCGCUAGUGAUCAGGACGGAGUUGAAAGAAGUUCAUUCGCUAGUGAUCAGGACGGAGUUGAAAGAAGUUUCUUUCGCUAAUGAUACUUUUAGAUCAAACUUGAUUUUUUGAGGAUUUGAGCAUUUUUGUGAACAAGAAUUAUAGAAGGAUAUUCGUUUUGAGUCCCAGGAAAUCAAUAUUUUGUUUUUAGUUUUUUUAAUUAUCAAAUAUCUGAAAUUCAAAUUUGCAUUAACUAGAAUGUCAUUACCGGGUAAACUAAUGGUGCUCAACCCAACUAACUUUAUGAACUCGUCAUGGUAAUUGUACGUUGUUGUUACUCGGAUCUAUUCAUUUCCAUGGAUUCAGAAUGAUUCACCCAAGACAAAAACUUGAGAAGAAAACACUUGCAUGUUUAAAACAAUAUGGGUAAAUUUAUAUUUGAAAAUUUUGGACAAUUAAGUCUGAUACACCGAAGUCAGGACCUAAUUCCUUUCAAGAUUUUCUAAAGCGAAAAUGUCCAGACUAACGAGGGUUCAUUGAAUUGUAUCUAAAUAUAGAUAAUUAUUAUAACAUUUAAGCAUUUUUAUGAUAUUCUGAUUUAAUAUUUGCUUGUAAUUUAUAUAUAUAAUGUGAUAAUUUUUUUGUUUUUAUUAUUCGAGUUUAUUUUGGUCCACUCAUUCCCAUACUUGAAAGUAAACUUAGUCUUCUUUUUCUUGUUUCAAAUGCAAGAAAAUUACCAUUGUUGUACAUCAGUGUGUGGUGACAACAGUACCAAAUAAAUAUUAAAUGACAUUUUACCAGUGUAGAUGAAUGUUAAGAUAUUCUCAUCCAGUAACCAGGAACAAAUGUAUCCCUAUAUAUGUUUAAACUAGAUCAUUGUCUCAUUUUCUUGCAUAUCACGAGAUAUUAAAUUGCACUUAUGUAUGUACAUUGGUGGGUAGAUUUAUCAUGAUAAUAAAUCCAGUAUAAGGUACAA